UAGAUACUUUAUCCUUGACGAACAAUACGAAAGGAUACCACCUUGUCCCGAGUUCAUCAGAAGACCCACAGUUUACGAUAGUUGUUGUGUUUUUGUUGACACCUGUGUAUGUAGAUAGCGCAUCGACAGUGUGUCAAAACCGCAGGACUUUAUUUACCAAUCCAUCUAAAAUCUCUAUAUUUCUUACUAAGUAAACGGCGAACGGAAAAGUUGAUGUAAAGAACGAGAAGUCAGAACUUUGACAAUCUUCAGAAACUUCGGUAUUCUUCCCAGAGAGAAACUAAGAUGAUUCGAGUGUAGUGAUUUGUCUUUGGAAUUCGCUUUGUUUAUCCUUGAAUAUUUAGCAUUGCUCUCCAGCUGUCGAAGAGUGACAGAACAUUUCGACCCGUGGUCUACCGUGAAAAUGCAUCACCUACCUUACUACUACUCCCCAGAGCAGCUGAAGUCUUACCACAACAGCAUGCUAGCGGCCGCCAGUAGCAGUCCCCCGCUUUUUAGCAUCGACAACAUCCUGGCCCCACGGCCUUACCUGACCCACAGACCAUCACCCUACUUCCCGUACCCCGGUCUUGCUCAUACCCCACAGGAGCUCUUUGCAGCUGCAUACAGUCCGUUUCCUGGAUUAAUGACUGCGGCUGAUUUAGCUCGGGCCGGACAAAAACGGAAAAGACGGCAUAGAACAAUAUUUACCGAGGAACAACUGGAGGAACUAGAAAAGACUUUCAAUAAGACCCAUUACCCCGAUGUGUUACUGAGGGAGGAACUGGCAAUGAAGAUUGAUUUAAAAGAGGAAAGAGUGGAGGUCUGGUUCAAGAACAGGAGAGCCAAAUGGAGAAAGGUUAAGCGUGAGGAAGAAGCGGCUAAGAGAACGGCAGAAAGCGGUAGUACAGGAAGCGACAAAGAAAAAUCAUCAAAAUCAUCUCCCCUCGAAAGUGAAACCAAAGACAAUACGUCCGCGUACAGCGAUUGUAUGAGUGAUAGAAGUACGGACUCGCCCAGAAUAGAUAUUGAGGAAGAUGAUGCUGAUCAAGUGUCCAGUAGCGCAAAUGAACUUACGCCACCCUCUACUUCCGCUUCCGUUUCUAGUCAAAGUGCUCCUACGUCACAAAAUUCGCCAUGAACGUCACUGACUUUCUCUUUGUCGUCGUGUUACAUGAAUUAAAGCAGUGCAUGCUCUAAACGCAACUCUGGGUCUGACUUGGCUCCAAGACCUUUCUUGAAAUUCAAGCUGUAUACACAAAUCUACAAGUGCUGUGGAGUGAACUGGUCUACGUUCGCUGAUUGGCUCUCUUAGUCAGACACCCGCCAAAUUGAAACACUUCGUGACUAAAGACAAUUUCAAAUAGUGUUAACAAAUUAGGCGUUUUCAUUCAUUUUUGGCUUAAACUCGAUAUAUGAGUAUGGGCUAAGUUAGUAAAAUUUCAUAAUGCAUACAUUUUCACUAUCAUCAGAUAUUGAGAAUUUUUUAAAUGUACUUUCUCAUAACGACGAUUUCACUUUUAACAAAUGAAUAACGACUACUUCAUGUAAUUUAGUAUUAAAGAGUUUGUAUGAAAUGUCGAACGAACUCCACCGCAAAAGUCAAACUUUACACUGGGCCUGUGGAAGUUACAGGCUUGUCUGAUUAUAAUCAUAUUUAUGAAAUUAUAUUCACAUUAGAGAUUACGAAUAAAAGAAUAAAACAAAA